ACAAACAAACCAUUUCGCCCAGCGAAAACCUGUUGAAACUUGUCGGUUCGUGCGAUUAAUUGAACUCAUUCCGAGCAAUAAACGAUCGUAUGGAGAUAAUCAACAGAUCCACAGUUAAACUCACCCUGCUGCGGGCAUGAAGCCGAUUUGGUCCAGAAAACCCGCUUUGCUGCUCCUGCCCCUGGUUGCCGAGUGUUUGGGGUCGUCGGGCGACCGGAACCCGUACUACCGGCGCUGUUUGGCAGGCUGCCAGGCCUCCAACUGCUCUCAAGAUGGUGGGCAGUUUGUGACCGAUUAUCGGCAGCCCGGCUACUUGCGGCUGCUGAGGUGGGGCUGCGCCGAUGAGUGCGAGUACCAGUGCAUGUGGAGCACUGUGGAGAAAUUCCAGGAAAACCAGCUGAAUAUUCCGCAGUUUUACGGCAAGUGGCCAUUCAGGCGGGUGCUGGGCAUCCAGGAGCCCGCCUCCAUGCUGUUCUCCCUGCUCAAUCUCUUCAUGCACCUGAUGCUGUUGCACAAGUUCCGAAACGAGGUGCGCGCUGGCGCCCCCUUGCGCUGGCUCUGGCUGUUCUACGGCGCCGUUUGUUGCAACGCCUGGAUUUGGUCGGCCGUUUUCCACAGUCGCGACCUGCCCUGGACCGAAUGGCUGGAUUAUGUGGGCGCAUUUUCCAUCAUUCUGGUCAACUGCUAUGCGAUGUGCGUCCGGGUGUUGCCGCAUGUUUUGGGCGCGGUCUUCCCGAAGAGGCCCCAACUUGUCCUGCUGGUCUCCCUGGGGUUUUUGCUGUUUUUCCUCAAACAUGCCGCCUAUUUGUCCAGGGGGCGGUUUGAUUACGCCUACAAUAUUAUGCUGAACAUCAAUGUCGGAGCUCUAACUGCCAUUGGCUGGCUGGUGUGGAGCGUAAAGUGCCACCCGAAGCCCCCCUACGUCCACAGUUGCCAGCUCUACGUGAUCUUCUCCGGGUUGGUGCUUUUGCUGGAACUUCUGGACAGUCCGCCCUGGUUUUUCGUGGUCGACUACCACGCCCUGUGGCAUUUGGCAACAGCGCCGCCCCUGGUCUACAUCUACAGGUUCGCCAUGGAAGACUGCCGGUACUUGAGGAGCAUGGAAAGGCGGGGCCUGCUGGGAGGGAUUAAUGGAGGCGCCAAAGCGAGGAUGGAUUGAGGCCUUUGAGGGCUUUUGAGUUAGUACAAAGUCGUUUUAAUGUGGAAUUGUGCCAAAUAAACUGAGCCAGUUUUAGUCGU